AUGAAUUCAACACCAGAACUACCUCAAGAUGCCUGGAAAUGCCACCCCCAUCUGGGGGAGUUGCCAGGGUUGGAGGCAAAACGAGGGUCCACAACAGCCGAAGAGCUUCAGGAGACGGCCCGAACCUGGAGGCGAGCAAGCAUCAGCACCGCGGGGGCAGAAGCCACAGAGGGAGAAGGCAUUUUCGUGUUUGCGUUUGCGGCGGUGGUUCAAUCUCGACAGUACGAACUUGUGCGUGUCUAUUUGGAUAACGGCGCUGAUCCCAACUCUGUCUUGUGGAGCAUGUUAUUGGCUACAAACUCCCGCAGCCGGUGGGCCAAUACUCAGGCGCAGGAACUCGUGAGGGAGCUUCUGGAACGAGGGGCCAACCCAAACAGACCGGCACCGCUGCACUCCUCGCACAAUUCUCCGUUGUCUUUUGCAAUGGCCCGCAACAACGCAGAGCUUGUCCGAAUGCUGCUGGAUCACGGGGCUGACGUGACUGCGGCGACAAUCGAACAGGAACUGGGAAGAACUGGUCCGGAGAUACUGAGCUUGCUGCUUCAAAAUGGUGCAAAGUCAUUGGUGAAUGAGCAGUUUGGGAAACAACAAGAAACUGCCUUGCAUCGGGCGGCGGCACUGUUCCGCCACGAGGCUGUUGGGAUUCUUUUGGCACACGGGGCCAACCCAAACCUACGAAACUCCAAUGGUGACACCCCUCUCCAUCUAGUUUCCAAUGCAGAAGCGGCCCGGCUGCUGUUGGAUGCAGGGACCAACGUCAAGGCCGUCAACAACCUUGGUGAGACUGCUUUACAUAGUCAAAUGGCAACCGACGGAUACGCCAACAAGGACGUGGUGGCGCUAUUGUUGGGUGGGGGAAUCCCCGUCAAUUAUCUCAAUCAGAGCGGUGUGCCUGCCUUGGACUACGCUGCAAAAUAUCGUGAUUCAUUGGACGACGCCACAGAGCUAGUUCCGCUUCUAUUGCGGCAUGGCGCCGAUCCCAACGUAGGCAACUGCAACGCUCUUCAUCACACAGCCAAGCAUCAGAGCGAUUUCCCGGCACUUCGCGCUCUGCUCCGCCACGGGGCUAGCACAGCCACCAGCAAAAGGGACAGCAACCUUGGGGUGUUGCCGUUGGAUUGUGCCUGCGAGGCUGGCAAUCUAGACGCCGUCUUUGAGAUCACAAUGGCGAUGGUUGGGGAGGGUAACAUGUUUUCCAGAAUGGCUGUCCAGCCAGCGGUUGGGGGCAAAGUUUGA